UUCCAGAGUCCAAUCGAUUAAGAAACAUCGACUAGAGCCGCUAGUCCGGCAACGCCCGGGAAUUUUGCGUCAAAAUUUUUAGUAGCGCUGCAGCUGAUUUUCCAGCGCCAAAUAAAGUUUGAACAACAGUACACUAUGUCAGUCGCCGACACUCUUGAAUACGUGACCCUUGGCAAUCCUGUCAGCAAAAUGGUGGCUUCAUCCGCAUCCGCAUUGCUCCGCACUCUCGGCUUGCGUCCGAAGAAGGUACCAGUGCAAGAAACAAACAUGUCAUUGCAUCCUUCUGCCCAUAACUACGUCCAUCCACAUCGAGAUCUCUAUAGCCUGGCCGGUAGUCAUUACCACUUUGUGCGUUUGGCCGGGCUUGGCGGGGCAUCCGCCAUCUUUAUGGGCGCCUACUGCAAGUAUGUCCUGAAGGACGUCAGCGAUCCCAAGGAGCAGGUGGAUUCGCAAGCCUUCGCCGAUGUUGCCAAUCGUAUCCACUUCCUGCAUUCAUUCGCCAUGAUGGCCAUGCCACUGGCUCACUACCCAAUAUUCACUGGUACAUUGAUGAUUACGGGUACAAUGCUAUUCAGCGGCUGCAUGUACUACCGCGCUUUGACUGGUGAGAAGAAGCUGCAGCCGUUCGCGACCGUCGGAGGAUUCUGUUUGAUGGCCGCGUGGCUUUCGCUGGUCAUGUAGGAUAAGCGAAAAGAGGGGCUACUUAUGUAUAUCUUAUAUUUAGUACAUACUAAACAGUUAUGUAGUCGGAGUGGCAACCAAAGCUAUGCCAAGUUUAACAUAUAACAUCAGCUAAAAAUGAA